CUUCUCUUGUAUUGCAUUCUCACUAUUGACACACUACUCUCUUAACUUCUUGUGUUCCACUGAAGUUUACAAUUGCAUAAUUCUUUUUCAACCUCAUCUACUAAUAGCCAUCCUUGUCAACGACAGUCAUCCUCAAAACACCACACUUCACAAUGGCUCAGACACUCCUUUGGAUCGGCCUCGGCAACAUCGGCAGGGGUAUGUGUAAAAACAUUGCGGAAAAGUCCAAACUUGACAAACCACUCCUCAUCUACAACCGCACCACCAAGCGGGCCACGGAACUGAGCCAGAGCCUGCCUGCCGGUAAGACUCAGGUCGUCGAGUCGCUCGGAGACGCCAUCGCGCAGGCCGACAUCAUCUUCACAUGUGUCGCCAACGACCAGGCAGUGGAAGAGAUAUUCGCAACCGCAUCCCAGCAGAAACUUGAGGGCAAAGUCUUUGUCGAGUGCUCAACCAUCGCUCCCGGCGCUUCAGAAGCGGCCGCGAAGGCGGUGCUGGACAAGGGCGCCGAGUUCAUCUGCGCGCCCGUGUUUGGAGCACCGGCCAUGGUAGCAGCUGGCAACGCGACCUUGGUGCUUGCCGGGCCCAAGGCCUCGAUCGAGAAGAUCCGGCCCUAUAUCGAUGCCAUGGUGGCUCGCGAGAUUAACAUGGCUGACGAGCCGUACCACAAGGCGUCGACGUUGAAGGUCCUGGGUAACACCGUCAUCCUGGGCAUGGUCGAGCAGCUCGCUGAGACCUAUGUGGCUGCCGAGAAGAGCGGGCUCGGGACCGGUUACGUGAAGCAAUUUGUCGACGCCAUGUUCGGUGGCAGCCCUUAUCCUGCGUACUCGGUGCGCAUGUUGGAGGGUGACUAUUACAAGAGGGAGGAACCGCUCUUCGCCGUCGAUUUGGCGAGGAAAGACGCCGGGCACGCCAUGGCUAUUGCCAAAGCCGCAGGGACACGGCUGCCAAAUAUUGAAAACGCCGAUAAGCACCUACAGAUUGUUAAGGAGCACGUAGGACCAUCAGGUGAUAUGGCCGGCAUCUACGGCGCCGUAAGGAAGGAAGCUGGCCUCAAGUACGAGAAUGACUCUUGAGCAAGGGCUCCCAAUGCUAGAAACAUGGCUCACAGGGCAUCAGAUGAAAGACUAAUGCACAGCAUGAAGCAAUAUGAAAAAUGAUAACAGAAUAUUGAUUCUGAU